CUCUCCACCUCUUCCUGCAAAAUGUUUGCUCUCUUUCGCUCCGAUCACUUCGGGUCCUGAAUGAAAAGGAGUGAGCAGCAGCGGAGCCGGGCUGUAGGAACUGCUGUUGUGAACAUCACUCCCUGGCUCUGCUGCACACUCGUAAACAAUCGCUCUCGCCUCAUUAGAGCUACAGAGAGAAGCAAAAGGCGGCUGCCCGCAUCUUUCUUCAGCAAACUUGCGGUGCUCUUUCGGAGAGGCAGGACUGAGCCCUCUGUGAAUGACUCAUCGAGGAAAUACACUUGCUUGCUGGUUUUUUUUUGGUUGCAUUUCCCGCCCCCACCGGCAGUAUCUUGAUGGGGAAGCUGUUCUCCAAAGGCUGGAGGAAAAGAGAUGCUCGAGUUAUCGUGCUGGGGCUCGACUUUGCUGGCAAAUCCACCCUUCUGUACAAACUGAAGAGCGGCCAGGCUGUGGAGACCUGCCCCACGGUGGGAUUCAACGUGGAGUCUCUGAGAACACCCUGCGGCAUAUCCUUCACCCUCUGGGAUGUGGGCGGACAAGACAGCCUGCGGGCCAGCUGGCCUAACUACCUGGAGGACAUCAACACCCUCAUCUUCGUGCUCGACAGCACAGACACGGCCCGGCUGGCCGAAGCGAUGGCAGCAUUGGAGGAGGCCCUGAGCCACCCCGGCAUGGCUGGCAUCCCUGUGCUCCUCCUGGCCAACAAGCAGGACGUGCCGGGAGCGCUGGCUCCUGCCGAGCUGGGGGAGAUGCUGCGGCUGGGGGGGCUGGCGAGGCACCGCUGGAUGCUCCGGGGGUGCAGUGCCCACACUGGCCAGGGCCUGCAGGAAGUGCUGGCCAUUCUGGGAAUGCUGCUGCGGGGCUCAGGGCAGAGCUCCCUAUCCCAGGAGCAGCCCAUCACGGAGCUGGCAGAGAGGAGGCAAGCUCCCGAGCAAACCUGAUCCUCACACGGACUCCUCCCUCUCACGGCUGCCAGCAGGUUUGUCACGGUGGAUUCCAGCCUCCAGGCAUCCCCUACAAGGAGCAGAGCUGCAGCUGGCACACUCUGUGAAACACCCAGCUCCUCACCACCAAAACCCACCAGGAGGAUCUCUGAGUAAAACUCCCAUCAUGGAGUAGUUUUGGCCAUGUCUCUUGGACUCUCAUCUCUGGCUGCAGCUUGUCCCACUGUCGCCAUGUUCCACUCAUCCACUGCACUUGUGUGUCCAGAGGUUCAGCAAGGAUGCUUUUUCAUAUAUGAGAAUUUUAACAGAGGUGUGUGCAAGGAACUGGAGUUUUCUUCAUUCUGCAGCUCUCAGCCCAGAUACAUCUAUCCAGAUGGGAUGAUCCUCACACAGAGAGCUUGGAUGUGCCCCAUGCUGCUCCUCUCUCAGCAUGGAUCACAUGUUCAUUGGCUGGGAAUGCAGGAAAGCACUGAAAGGAAUGGCUGAAUGGGAGCAGUGUAAGCUCAGGACAUCAAAUGGCCAAGCAGCUAAUUGGUUGUAGUGUGGCAUCCCCAGGUAGAAUAAUCUUCAAGCCAUGGAAACAAGCUGGGAUUUGAUGGUGUAUUGCAGUUUGAGGAUGUAUGUAUAUUAAUUUAUGCAUUUCUUGUAAGGGUUCUUUCUUUGUCCAGUCACCAUUUUUAUCAAAUAAUUAUUUCAUGGAAAUGGUCCUCAUUUUCCUUGGAUUAUGUUUAAAUAUAAAGGAAUCAGAUGUGACUGUAAGAUGCUUGGAAAUACAUCACCAUGGCCAGUCAAAAUGUCCUCAUGGUGGCCUGAACAGCCAAGACAAAACCCUGUCUCUCAGACUUUUGAAACUGCAUGAGACCACUCCACAUGCACUGGUUGGUGACCAUGGGCAGGCACCUCUGGGGACAGGCAGGUUGGUGACCAAAGGUCUCUCCACACUCAGCUGUGUUCAGGGCAAAUGAAAGCACCUGUGGCAGCUCACAACAGGACCAGGUCCCAUGUGCCAGUGAUGGUCUUUGUCCAACCUUGCUCAACCCAUCAUUGGAAAGACCUGUAAAAUGUAUAUCCAAGAUUCUGGGAUCCAGAGUUAAAAUUAAAAUAUUUCAUAGUA